UCUUUCGAUUAUGGUGGACGUAAGUCCGAAGGAGGCGGUGGUCCUUCCCGGAAGGAACGUGUCCUUCCUGUGCAGGGUCGGCGUUCCGUUGCAGUAUUGUCGCGUGGAAUUACCCGGCUCGCGUUCCUUCAAUCUGAACACCAAACUCUCCCAAACACGCAACAGAGUCACGUAUUACGGGGCCGGACUGAGCGCCGGACAGUGCGGGUUCACCAUAGAGCAAGUCACCGAGGAGGACAACGGCAAGAUCAAAUGCUACCUAGGUUUGGAGACGGAAUCGCAGGAAGCCAUAGACAGCGUUCAAUUGACUGUAGCGAAAGCUCCUAAAUCUCCGGAAUUGGAUUUGAGCAGAGGCACGGAUUCCUUGAGGGUCUACAAGAUACACGACGUGCUUCAAGCCAGCUGCGUUGUGCGAGAUGGAAGACCAGUUGCUAACAUCAGCUGGUAUUUAGAUGAUGAGCCUAUCGUUGGAGAUGGCCUCAGCAUGCCCACGAUCAUCGACUUUGCCAAAGAGGAUCUUCACUCCAAGGUUCAGAAUCUGACAAGGACUUUGCAGCCCAGCGACAACGGAAAACUACUCAAGUGCGUCGCGUCGCAUCCGGCCCUUCCGGAGGAGAGCAUCGCCUCCCGCCAACUGGACGUAAAAUACGCUCCGAUCCCAUUGACAAACCCAAUCGACAAGUUCGGCUUUGAGCUGGGAAAACCAGGUAUGAUCUCGAUCGAAAUCGACGCGAAUCCCAAACCGCAGAUCGAAUGGGAAAUCCGUGGCCAGAAGAUCCGCGAAGGAACCAUCGACAACACCGGAAGGAUCGAGGCGGAAUCUGCCCAAGACUUGGGUCGUGGACACUACGUGGCAAAUUUGAGGAUAGCCGCGAUCAACAAGCAGGACACGGAGACGCAGUUCAUCUUGACGGCUUACAACGACAUGGGCUCCCAGGAUUACACUGUCCUGAUAUCAACGAGCGCGGAACCGGAAGGAUUGCAGAAAUUUAUUUACAGGAGAUACAGCAUGUACGGUGUAGAUUUGGGCGUAGGAACGAUAGUGCUCAUAGUCAUGUCAAUCUUGUUCGUGAUGGUCAUCGUCUUCGUCGUGAUCUUCGCACGGGUCAAAGGCAAAUGGUGCUUCUCCGGAGGCGCCCACGUGAUCGAUUAUACGGGGGGCGGCGGCGAGGGGGGCAACGGUCGCGUGGCCGCAGCUGAGGCGGUCGGUGCAGGAGGCGGCGGCGGCGGCGACGUAGACGGCGUCGACAAUCCGCACCACCACAGCUCGCAGGACUACAUCAACGGAAACGAUCAUCCGAUCAUCAAGGAGAAGAAAAUCGACACGGCCGUUUAAUUCAAACCCCACACACCCCCCCCGAGAAACAAAAGAAAACUGUAGCAUCCAAAACAAAAGAUUUUCAAAGAACAAAAAAAAGAAAAACUAAUAAUAACAGAAAUUAAUCGCUCUUAAAGUUAAUAUGAUAAUUGCAUAUGAAUAAAUGUUUUAAUAAGUGUAAAUGAGGAUAAAUAGUUAAAAAAAAAAUAUAAUAUGCGGCAGCUCGAAAAAUGCGGAAGCUCUCAAAUCAAAUAAUACUCAUCUUCUCUACGUUUAUUGUUUUUCUCUAUUUUCUUCUUCAACUUUACUUAUAUAUACAUAGACAUAAUAUUAAUUAAUUCUUUUGUGUUUGUGCGCGCCGAGGGGGAAAUUUAAUUAAUCUAAUUUUUUAAUAAUUAUUUUUAAUAAUUUAAUUUGAAGAAAAUUUCACGGAGAAAUUUGUUAUGAUAAGAAAUAUUGUGAUUAUACUUCCACUAUUUUCCAAUACUGUGUUUUUUUUUAUAUAUAUGUUUUGUUUAAUUUAGUUUAGUUUAAGCGAGACCAACUCGAUCUCACCACUCUCCACUACUUCUAAUUACCAUUU